AUGAAAUUAUCAAAUUUUUUAGAUAAUGAAGACAUUAUUGGAGAAAUAUUAAUGGGUAAGCGUCCACAACAAUAUCAACCUUGUCUUAAGUAUAUAUAUGACUGUGUCAUUACGUAUAGGAAGUUGGAUACCUUAUAUUGUAAUAAUAAUGCGUACCGGGAUCGAAAAUAUAUUAAACUUUGUUAUGAUAUGCAAUUAUUUAAUAUGACUUAUAAAGAUUUGUCUAAAAUAGGUUCAUUAAUAAAAAAGCUUCCAGAGUUAGAUUCUCCUCUACCAGAAUUUAGAGCUGCACUACAAACUAGUGGAGAAACAGACACAUCUACUACUGAGCAAACUGAUUUUUUUAGUGGUCCACUAAAAUCUAAAAUAACAACAGGAGUCACAGCAGGGUUCACUCCAGCUCUAGGUUCGUUUAGUUCUCAAAAUAGAGGGGCACAAGCUAGUAUUCUUUUAGAUGAUGGAAAAAAUGAAAUGCUUUAUUAUAGCCCCGAUUCAUGGAAUAUGGAGUCCGAUAACACGGAAUAUAACAUAGGCUACCAUUCUAUGGAGGAUUACUAA